ACACACGCACGGGUUUCAAAGGGCCUGUUCCCCCCCCCACUACGUUUUUAUUUUAAAAGAGUAACAACUGACCUCUGUCCCCCACUACCUUGAUUUUUAUUUUAAAAAAAUCUGAUUACUGUUUACUGUUUUCUCAUUUCCUGCUGGAUGCCUCACUGUUUGGGACUGUUUGAUUUGUUGUUCUCCUAUUUUAAAAGAGUAGCUAUGUAUUGAUUUGUUUUCUCAUUUCCUGCUGGAUGCCCCACUACCUUGAUUUUCUCAUUUAAUUGGGUUAAACCCUAUUUUAAAUUUUCUGUUCUGCUGCUAUUGGGUAAUUGGGAUGAUAAUCUCUGUUUAUUUACUAUUUUGCUGCUUUAUUACCGCCUUAACUGUUAUUAAUUAUUCUUUUUUAUACUGUUUUACUGCUGCUGUAUGGUUUUUUAAUGUUAACUGUUAUUUGCCUACUAUUCUACUGUUAUAUGCUCAUUUAAAUGUUAAUUAGGAUUGCUUAGCUGUUGUUUGGUUAGUUGUUCCACUAUUGUAUGCUAAUUUAGAUGUUAAUUAGGGUUGUUUAGCCAUUGUUUGCUUAGCUAUUGUUUGCUGUUCUACUAUUAUUAAUUUCUUAAUUUAUUGUUAUUGCUUAUAUUUUACAGAAAUGGAACAAGACGGGAGUUCUAGUGGUAGUGGAAUACAAGAUGACAAAUGUCCGCUUUGGAAAUAUGUUACCAAAUUAGAGAAAAGAGGGGGAACGGCAGGAGGAAAUUGGAGAUGGAGAUGUAAUUAUUGCAGAGAGGAUUUUACUGGUUCACACUCAAGAGUUAAAAAUCAUCUCUUGAGAAUAAGUGGGACUGGAAUUAAGAUGUGUUCCAAGUCAACACCCGAAAAUUUAAGGGAGUUUCAAAGGACGUUGGAUCAAGCAGAGGCGAGGUUGAUGGCUUCUAGGCCUAAGAUGUCAGUUUUGCCUACAUCUUCGACUGCAAGUACGGCCGGUGUAGGUGCAAGUGCAAGCAUGCCGAUUGAUGCAGGUGGAUUUAAGAGGAGGAGGGGGCCUAAUACCGUGGAACAAGCAUUCAACAUGGGAGCAAGGGAGGAAUUGGAUGCAUUGAUUGGUAGGAUGUUCUUCACGGGGGGAUUGUCCUUCAACUUGACAAGGAAUCCAUAUUAUGCCAAAGCUUUUGCAUAUGCCGCAAACAAUCCAAUUUCUGGCUACAAGCCUCCUGGUUACAAUUCCAUGAGGACCACUAUCUUACAACGUGAGAAAACUCACGUAGAGAGAUUGAUGGAGCCCAUCAGGGGUACAUGGCAACAGAAGGGAGUCUCCAUUUGUAGUGAUGGGUGGGCGGAUGCACAAAGGAGGCCCAUCAUCAAUUUUAUGGCGGUAUGUGAGGGUAAGCCAAUGUUCUUGAAUGCCGUGAAUGCCGAGGGAGAAGUCAAGAAUAAGUAUUUUAUCCAAACACAGCUAGAAAAGUGCAUCACAGAGGUGGGACCGAAAAAUGUCAUCCAAAUCAUAACCGAUAAUGCUUCGGCAUGCAAGGCCGCGGGAGGGCUUGUGGAGCAAACUUGGCCUCACAUAUUUUGGACUCCUUGUGUAGUCCAUACACUCAAUCUUGCUGUCAAGAAUAUUUGUGCGGCUAAGAACACGGAAGCAAAUGCCGUGGCUUAUGCACAAUUACAUUGGAUUACAGAGAUCUCCGAUGAUGCAUUGUUUAUGAAGAAUUUUAUCAUGAACCACUCUAUGCGGCUUUCCAUAUUCAAUGAUUUUUCCAAGAUGAAGCUCCUAUCAAUUGCCGACACAAGAUUUGCCUCGUGGAUUAUUAUGUUGAAGAGGUUUAAGGUCGUCAAGAGAGGCCUCCAAGACAUGGUCCUUAGUGAUCGAUGGAGCUUAUAUAGAGACGAUGAUGUGGAGAAAGCUCAAUUUGUGAAAGAGAAAGUCCUCGAUGAUUUGUGGUGGGACAAGAUAGAUUUUAUUCUUGACUUCACCGGCCCAAUCUAUGAAAUGAUAAGGGUCACCGACACCGAUACACCAUGUCUUCAUUUGGUGUAUGAUAUGUGGGAUACAAUGAUUGAGAAGGUGAAGCAAGCUAUUUACAGGCAUGAGGGUAAAAGGGAUAACGAGGAAUCUCCUUUUUAUGAGGUGGUUCACAAGAUCUUGGUGGAUCGAUGGAACAAGGGCAACACCCCGCUUCAGUGCUUGGCACACUCUUUAGUUCCAAGGUACUAUCAUUCCACAUGGCUCAAUGAGAACGUCAAUCGGCAACCUCCAAAUCAAGAUCUUGAGAUCUCUACAGAAAGAUCAAAGUGCUUAAGAAGAUAUUAUCCUAACCCCGAUGAACGAUUGGUGGUGAACUUGGAAUAUGCUAAGUUUGUGGGGUCUUUGGAGGCUUUUGGUGAUCCGGAUUCUCUUUCCGAUAGAGGACAUAUGGAUCCAAAGUCAUGGUGGCUUCUUUAUGGUGCAAGUGCUCCAAAUUUGCAAGCAUUGGCCAUAAAGCUUCUAGGCCAACCUUGUUCCUCUUCUUGUUGUGAACGGAAUUGGAGUACGUAUGGUUUCAUUCACUCCUUAAAGAGGAACAAGCUAACCCCGACACGGGCAGAGGAUCUUGUUUAUGUUCACACCAACCUUCGUUUACUUUCUCGGAAUUCGGAAGAGUAUAUGGAAGGGGAAUCAAGAAUGUGGGAUACUGGUGGAGAUGCCUUCGACUCAUUUCAAGGAGCCGGCAUGUUAGAUGUUGCUGCCCUUUCUCUUGACGAGCCCACGAUGGAGGCCAUUGUGUUUGAUGAGGAUGAAAGAGUUGAAUCCAUAGAAUAA